AUGCCAGUGAAGAACAACGUCCUGAUAUAUGAGAACAUUUACAGGUAUACAGGUAUGUAACCUGUUGUUGAAAUUGCACAGAUUCAGGACUAUAACAAAGGAGUGCUUUACCACUUCCUUCUAUAUAAUUGUGUUGUAUACAAAGAGUUCCUUUUCCAAUACUCCUUAUUUUGUAUUUCUUUUUAAGGUCUGCUGUUGUGCAGUAUGGUGUUUGGGACCAAAUUAGAGUUGAUCAUGGCACAGAGUUCUACCUCUCUUUAUAUACACAGGAGAAAUUGUCAACCUACAGGACCAAUUCAAGGAGAGCCCCUUUUAUCCAAACAACAUCCAAGCAGGUAUGCCAUAUGGUUAGUGAACAUGCAAUAUAAUAAUAAUAAUAAUAAUGAUAAUAAUGAUAAUAAUAAUAAUAACAAUAAUAAUAAUAACAACAAUAAUUAUAAUGAUAAUAAUAUUAAAAACAAUAGAGGGAACCCAACUCACCAUAGCAGUUUUCAAUGACAAAAUGAAAUUUAAUAAAGUAAUGUUAAUAAACUAAUUUAAAAACUGUCUUAUCCUUAAAAUAGCUAAUUACAAAAAGUGUACAAGUUAAAAUUCAUUAAAGUUGGUUAAAAUCUUUAUGUGUACAGGUAAGAGUGUGGCUAUUUUUCUUGUUAGAUAACUGGCCAAUAUAUGGUACAGUAUAAAGUGAUGCUUCAUCCAUUUAUAAACACAGAAAUGUUUUAAUUCUUCCUUUAAAGAAUCAUCCAGCUGAAAGAAAAUGGGUGGAGUUUAACACCCGUGUCAACUACCCCAUAUAG